CGUCCUCCUAGCCAAACACGCCAUGGCAGGACGCUGGAAAACCCAAACCCGAGUGUGUUCAGCGCCCCACGCUCCGCGCCAAACCGGGUCUGCCUGCACCAAAGGCUUCGGAUCUGCACGCCCAGCUUUGGAAAACUAUGCGCCAGCGCCCGCUGAAACGACACUUCUGCACCGGUGGCGUUUUUACUCCCCGAACUGCCUGAUCCGAACAAAGGUCCCGCGCCACCAACGCCACGGCUGGGACCGCGGGCGUGCGCACGCCUCGGGCACGCGCGCCAAGCAGGGUGGUGUCUUCAGGACAGAGGAGCUGUGCGACGUCUUCAGGACAGAGGAGCUGUGCGACGUCUUCAGGACAGAGGGGCCGUACGGCGUCUUCAGGACAGAGGGGCUGUGCGACGUCUUCAGGACAGGGGAGCUGUGCGGCGUCUUCAGGACAGGGGAGCUGUGCGGCGUCUUCAGGACAGAGGGGCUGUGCGACGUCUUCAGGACAGAGGAGCUGUGCGGCGUCUUCAGGACAGAGGAGCUGUGGUCUGGUUCUGCCCUGCCAGCACUCUGCAGCCUUGGUGCAGGAGCUGAGGUGACGAGCACAGCAGAGCAAGUUGGUGGCAAUGGUCAGAGAUCAGAGAAAAAAAUGACUGGAUCAGGAGGAAACGCUGCCAUUACAGAGCAGGUUAAAUGCCAGAGGAGGGGCACAAAUCUGAAUAAAGCAUCAUCCCAAAUGUUACUCCAGCAACAAGGCUGAAA